AUGGCAACUAUUUACGGAAAUGACACUGAUUCUUUUAUUUCAUGGAGCAUGACAGAUUCUCAAAAUACUGCCGCCACCUCUCAAAAUACCUUGGAGAUUGAGGGGGCUGGUACUGAUGAGAAGUUGAAAAAAUAUCGCAAUUACUGGUGGAAAACGGGUAAUUACCACCCGAAGGCCAAAUGGGAAGAAGCAAGUAUUCCUUAUGAGCUUGCUACCGACGUUUCUUGGGAAGAAUAUGUUGAAAAAACGGAUAAAUACAAUAUUCAUGGCUGGUGGGAAUGGGAAAACGGGACAGUUAAUGUAAUUGAACUUCCAUUGAGAUUCCACGAGUAUUGUGUUAGUGCUAUUACCCAGGAAAUUUAUGAAGCUACUCGUUCCGUGAAGUGUACUUAUUUUGGCAUUUUUGCUUCCGGAUCAAUGUCAACAAAAUCACGAGGAUCAGGUAAAGAAGCAGAUGCCUCUUAUAUACCAGAAGCAAAACCUCAAGUCAAUGAUGAUGGAUCUGAUGGAAAAAAUCAUCCCUGGCCGAAUUUAGUAGUGGAGGUUGCGUAUUCAGAAACUGAAGCAAAUGUCAAAAACAAAGUAGAAAAUUAUUGGUUAGCAACUGGUCGAGCUCAUGACGCUAUUGUGAUUAAAUUGAAACCUAUUGAUUCAGACACAGCACCAUCAUGCAUGACUGCUUGGCAUUAUUGCACAAAUGUUCGAACAGCUGCUGGCGCAUUAAACUCAACGAUGUACGAAUUUGGAACAGUUGACCGUCAGGGAAAUCCAAUCAACCCACAACUUGGACAAAAUGUGAUCAACAUUCAACUGAAUUGUCUUUAUCAUGGGGUACCGGCUAAUUUUGUGAUUCCGCCUCUUCCUAACCCUAUUCCUAUCGAUCUGUUUUAUGCUAGGUAUGCUAUUGAACAUUGUAAUUACUAG